AUGCUUUCAACCGGAGAACCAAAUAAUACUAGUAACGAACGAAUUCAAGAUUCAAAUGUUUCAUCUUCAUCAACUCUUAAUCAAGUUUAUUCUGACUAUGAAUUUGAUGAAUCAAUGACCGUAUUGACUACUUCAAAUUUCAAUGGUCAACCAUCGUAUGCGUAUGGUAAUUUUCCUACUUGUUCAACAGAACAAAUAUGUAUAAAUGACUAUAUAAAUCCAUAUAAUAAUGAAUUCUAUGAGUAUCCCGCUACUAAUAUUGCAGAUGAUGAUAUUCCUGAUGAGCUUCAAAAUGAACUUGAAGCAGUAGUAGAUCAAAUGACAAAUGAACCAGUAUAUGAUAAUGAUGAAGAUGAAACUAUUUAUUCUGAUGAUGUUCAAAAUGCUUUUGACCAGUACGAAAACGAGUAUUCCCAAUUUUGGAACCAGAAUACAACGACCUGGAAUAAUCUUCCGGAUAACGAGGAAGAGGAAAUGCUUGAGCAAAUGAAGGAAUGUAUGCGUUACAUGGAACAUAAAUACUCUGUGUCAGACAUGUCAAAUGAUUCGAGUGAAAUUUACAAAGAAUCUAGUAAGUUAAAUCCUGAGGCAGCCGAAUUUCGACCAUUCAACUUCCAACCGUUAACAUCAAUCGAUAAAGAAGCAAAUGUUGCUCCUUCAUCGGUACCGAAUGAAGCUAAACAAUCAGAAGAACACACAGACAUUAUUUAA